AUGUACGGGGACGUGUUCAACGCCACGGGCGGCCCCGAGCCCGCGGGGGGCGCGCUGGCCCCGGGCGCCACGGUGAAGGCGGAGGGCGCCCUGCCGCUGGAGCUGGCCACGGCGCGCGGGGUGCGGGACAGCGCGGCCUCGAAGCCCGACCUGCCCACCUACCUGCUGCUCUUCUUCCUGCUGCUGCUGUCCGUGGCCCUGGUCGUGCUCUUCAUCGGCUGCCAGCUGCGCCACUCGGCCUUCGCCGCGCUGCCCCACGACCGCUCGCUGCGCGAUGCCCGCGCGCCCUGGAAGACGCGGCCGGUGUAG